CGCUCUGGCAUCUUGGAGGACUUGUCCUCUGUGUCGGGCGGCGUGGGGUUGUUCCGGUCUGUCGUGAGGUGCAAGUCCGGUACGUCUUUCUAGCUGCUUUAGCUCCGGAUUUUUUUUGGCGAUGGGACAUCAGAACGUGUGGAGGCUAAUGUCGAGGUUUAACUCAUUCAGAAGAACCAAUAUCAUUUUGCAGCAUUUGAGAAUGUCCAAGCACACAGAAGCUGCAGAGGAUGUACUUCUGGAAAAAAAAGGUUGCGCAGGAGUGAUUACACUUAAUAGACCGAAGUUACUCAAUGCACUGAAUCUUAAUAUGACUCAGCAGAUUUACUCACAGUUAAAGAAGUGGGAGCAAGAUCCCGAAACUUCCCUGAUUAUUAUAAAGGGAGCUGGAGGAAAGGCUUUCUGCGCUGGGGGUGAUAUCAGAGCAAUCUCAGAUGCUAUGAAGACAAAACAGAAACUUGCUGAAGUUUUCUUCAAAGAAGAAUAUAUACUGAACAAUGCCAUUGCUUCUCUCCAGAAACCAUACAUUGCACUUAUUGAUGGAAUUACAAUGGGUGGGGGAGUUGGUAUCUCAGUUCAUGGACAAUUCCGAGUGGCUACUGAGAAGUCUGUUUUUUCAAUGCCAGAAACAGCAAUAGGACUGUUCCCUGAUGUGGGUGGAGGUUAUUUCUUGCCAAGACUUCAAGGAAAACUGGGUUACUUUCUGGCAUUGACAGGAUUCAGACUAAAAGGAAGAGAUGUGUACAGAGUAGGAAUUGCUACACACUUUGUAGAUUCUGAAAAGGUGAGCAUGUUAGAGGAAGAUUUGGUAGCAUUGAAAUCUCCUUCAAAGGAAAAUGUCGCAGAUGUCUUAGAAACCUACCAUACACAGUCCAAGAUUGAUCAAGACAAGUCUUUUAUUCUUGAGGAACACCUGGACAAAAUAAACAGAUGUUUUUCAGCCAACACUGUGGAACAGAUCAUUGAAAAUUUACAGCAAGAUGGUUCACCUUUUGCCCUGGAGCAGUUGAAGGUGAUUAAUCAAAUGUCUCCAACAUCUCUAAAGAUCACUCUAAGACACCUCAUAAAGGGGUCUUCCCAGACCUUGAAGGAUGUAUUAACUGAGGAAUAUCGUAUGAGUCAAGCAUGUAUGAGAGGUCAUGACUUCCAUGAAGGCGUUAGAGCUGUUUUAGUUGAUAAAGACCAGAGUCCAAAAUGGAAACCAGCUAAUCUAAAAGAAGUUACUGAUGAAGAUUUGGACAAUUAUUUUAAAUCUCUGGGAAGCAAUGAUUUGAAAUUUUGAGGUGACUGUUACUUUUAAAAUUUAUUUUGUAGCAGAGGUUGACAACUAAACACAGAAGCCCAGUCUGGCCUGCUGCCUCAUUUUAUGUAGUCUACAAACUAGAAGUGGUAUCUUCAUUUUUGAAGGGUUGGGAAAGGAAAUAAAAAAUUAAUAUUUCAUGACUUCUGAAAAUUACAUGAAGUUCAUGAGUGUCUACAAAUAAAGUUUGAUUGGAAUAUCA